GAGAGAAAUUUUCUAGUCGAAUACAUCAAAGCAUAAUUUCAAGAAAUUCUUACCUGACACACACCUGAGAUGCUUUCUUGGAAAAUAUGAUUGCUAAAACAAGAACGCAGAAUUAGACGGAAAGAUGGAAGAAUUCGACAAGUCGCAACGUGCUUCUAAGUUACACUGGUGCGAAGUCUGUGAUGUGAGUUUUAAAUCAGCUAGCAGUUUGGAAAGACACCAAUGUAAGCAUGGUGAAGCCCAGUACAAGUGCAAAAUUUGUAAAAGAGUUUAUAGAUGGCAAAGCAACCUUGUUGGACACAUGAAAAUGCACCGUAAUAUUGGGUUACACGUGUGUAAAAUAUGUGGACGAAAAUGUACAACGCCCUCCCUUUUAUCUAGGCAUAUGGACACACACGCGUCGACUCCCCGCUAUAAGUGCAGAGAAUGUGGCAAGUCGUUUCGACAAAAGACUUCUCAUACCCAGCACAUGAAAUUGCACACGGGUAUUGGGUUACAUACGUGCCCAGUUUGUAGAGGUGUUUUCACAACUACUAAUUAUCUUCGAACUCAUUUAGCCAGUCAUUCCAGUAUUCCAGAGUUUGAGUGCAGACACUGUCGAAAGCGUUUCAAAAGUAAAAUGUAUAUGCGCAUGCACGAAAGAAUUCAUACGGGAGAGAGAUGUCAUCGGUGUCCCAAAUGUGGAAAAAUAUUUCUAAUUGCCUCUCGACUGGCUGUCCACAUGCACGUCCAUUCGUCACGAGCGGCAUUUGCUUGCGUAAUGUGUGGUAAGAAAUAUAAACACGAAAGAUCACUAAGAGCACACGAACAUGUUGAACACGGUGGUAAAACUGUGUAUGCGUGCAGCGUAUGCCAUAAAAGAUUUGCCAGUCCGUCUUUAUUGGCCUAUCAUAUGGAUGUGCACAAUACGGCAGCUAUUUAUGAAUGUGGAGAGUGCGGAGAAAGAUUUCGAAGGAAGAGGGCGCUUGCUUUUCACUCUAAGUUACAUAGAGGUGAAGAGGUUCCUACUUGUUCAGUUUGUCAUAAAAAAUUUGUCUCCAUGAAUAAAUUAAAGGAGCAUGAGGAUACGCAUUCAGAUGUCAGGCGAUAUGCGUGCAAAUUAUGUAAAAAUAAAUACAAACAUGAAAGGGCACUUAGACGUCAUGUUCAGGAUGACCAUAGUAAUACUCCUCGACCAUCGUGUCCCGUUUGUAAGAAGAUUUUCAAGACUAAUCGUUCGUUGGACAAACACAUGUUACGUCAUCAAGAAGGUGGAGACGAGACGAAAAAACGUGAAUCUAAACCAAAGAAAUUAUACACUUGUGCAGAGUGCAACAAAGAGUUCCUAAGACCAUCUGCCCUUAAGCGUCACAUGGAUACUCAUAAAACAGGAGCAAAUUAUCAAUGCGCUGUUUGCGGCAAAAAAUAUCGACAUCGUUAUGAUCUAAAGAAUCAUUUGAAAAUUCAUUCGGAUGACGCAUUGAAGUGUCCCCACUGUGAUAAAAAGUUCGCCAGAUCCCACCAUCUGCACGAACAUUUACUUAUUCACAAUAAGCAUAUUCAGAAUAAGUGCAAUUUGUGCUCUAGGCGAUUUUGGACAUUAGAAGAUCUACAGGCUCACUUCGCAACUCAUACAAAAGAGGAAAGAGAGGAGGCGGGUGAACAAUUCACCCUGGCGUCUCCGAAUCCUUGUGAAGUUAAUGAUGUGCUAGCUGCCCUCAAGCAAUCCCCCGAAUCAGAGCCAGAAGUAGUGGAAUCUCUCCCUAAAACGCCUUCAAAACCAGUGCUACCUUUGACAGAAUCUGCUGCAAUACUGUACGAUCAUGAACCAUUCGAAAUAAAAACUGAGUCUCCAAUCCAACCUAUUCAAAUCAGCCCUAAAAAGAAAGACACACCCCCCAAUGAAAAUAAUAUAGAAGAGAAUUUUGAAAGCCCCAUUUCGAAUAAUUCUGAGCCAUAUAAAUUAAGAGAUGGUAGUAGAAGACGCAAUCAGCUACCUCCUAGACGAACAACAAGAAGUGCUACUGCCGCCAGAGAAGCAGCGGUAUUUGAGUCUGAAAGAAGGAAAUCAGCUCAACAAAGUUCUCCAUCAAAUGUCGAUAAGUCAUUAUAUAGCGGAACUGGUGCUGUAAAACUAGACUUGUGUAAAAACCCAAAUUUAAGUCUUAUUCCAGUAACGCCUAGAAAGAAAUCGUCGGAUAGUGAUAGCCAAAGUUCAUAUGACAGUACAACAGCAGUUAGAAGAACCUUAAGGCUAAAAGCAUCAGAGAAAGACUUAGCACCCCCACUUCCAAAUGCAAAUAGUGACAAAAUAUUCUUUAAUAAUAUCAAUAAAGCUAAUAAAAUGCACCGCCAAUUACACCAUCAAGGCCUAAUUGCUGUCGAUAGGGAAGAAAGGAGGAGAAAACAUAAAAAAUCCAAAAAAGUAAAAAAAGAGAAGAAAACUAAGAAAUAAGUUUUUAUAUUUCUUUGACUGUUAAUAAAAAAAAAGAACUUUUUCUUUUAUUGUUUUAUAUACUUAAAAAUCAUCAAUAUUUUUUAUUCUGUCUUUGUCCGUGCUCUGCUAUACAAUGUGUCUUUUUUUUCUUUUCGAGUCUUUUUCGUUUGUUCAAUUUGUACAAUACCUGGGCAUUUGGUACGCUUUUGUAGCAUUGUAAUAUAUUACUUGUUAUUACAUAAUUAAAAGUACAACUUAAUGAAUUCAAUAAAUCAACUAUGUAAACAAGAAAUAUUUAACAAACGUGUUUCUUGUUUAAUGUUGUUGGCUUGUCACAGCUCAUGUCACGAAUCGCUUAACAAUGCCAUCUAGAGUCUAUAAUUUCUGAUUUUUGAAACGGUCUAAUAAAGAAAAAUAAAGAACAUUUUCUUUUGACAAAAAAGC